AAGUCUCUGCCUUUUGUUUUCUUCCUCUUUUAGCUAUCUCUUAUCUCCACAAAAUUUCCUCAUCUACUACAUUUUUUCCCUUCUUCGGUUAUGCAGCUACCUUUUAGUUGUUUUUUGGGUGGAGGGUCAAAAAAUAAAUUUCUUGAUUUCCAGGACAUCAUUGGGAACCCUUUGAUUUGUUUUGUUUUCAAUAUCACAAACUUAUCAUCAUCAUUUCCUCCUCACACCUAAAUGCCCUCUUAUAAAUAUAUGUUAUUAAAAUUCACCAACAAUCUCAGUAUAUUCUUCUUCUUCUUCUUCUUCAUUGAUUGAUUGAUUAGUCUUUUCAGAAGUACUAAAACAUGGCAGAGCCCUGCUUCUACAAUUUCUUCACUGGUUGGUGUCACUUCAAGAACAACACCCCUUUUCAUCCUCCUCAUAAUAAUAAUAACACCUUCUCUUCUUCUAUUACCUCAUCCAUAUCAUCCCAGAAUAGUACUUCUUUAACAUCAAAUGAAAUUGAAUUCUCAUUACUUUCUUCUUCUUCUUCUUCUUAUUCUCCACCAAGAAAAGAAGCACUACCCCUUUUGAAUAACCUAAUUACCUCUGGAACAAAAAAGGAAGAAGAGCAUUCAGAUUCCUCAUGCUGUUCCAGAAGAAGGGCUGAUUAUCAUCAAGCUGGUGUUAAUGAUGGUGGAACAGUGACUGUUGCCCUAAACAUAGGGCUCUCAUCAAGCCCUAGAAGUGGUAGUCCUAGUUGUUCUGAUUUAUCUUCAUCUGGGCUGCUUUCUUCAUCUUCUUUUCUUAGUGGCAAAAUGGAAAAAGAUUUUGCUAGCGGUGGUGGUUCUGGUGGUGGUGGCGGAGCUGUGUUUUCAGGUCAUGUGGUGGCGCCGCCGGUGAAUAAGCUGAAUAAAGAGCAGUUUUGGAUUCCUUCACCGUCUCAGAUUCUGAUUGGUCCAACACAGUUCUCUUGUUCUGUUUGCUUUAAGACUUUCAACAGAUACAACAAUCUUCAGAUGCAUAUGUGGGGCCAUGGAUCUCAAUACAGAAAAGGUCCAGAAUCGCUAAGGGGAACACAACCAACAGCGAUGCUGAAGCUGCCCUGCUAUUGUUGCGCACCAGGAUGCAAACACAAUAUCGAUCAUCCGCGAUCGAGGCCGUUGAAAGAUUUCAGAACGCUUCAAACACAUUACAAAAGAAAGCAUGGGAUCAAGCCUUUCAUGUGUAGAAAAUGUGGCAAGCCAUUUGCGGUGAAGGGUGAUUGGAGGACUCAUGAAAAGAAUUGUGGGAAGAUUUGGUAUUGCUACUGUGGUUCUGAUUUCAAGCAUAAGAGGUCACUUAAGGACCACAUUAGGGCUUUUGGUUCUGGUCACGGAGCAAUAGGGAUUCAUGUGUCCGAAGAAGAAGAGGAGGAGGAUGAAUCUACAUCUGAUAUUGACCAAGAAAGAGAGUAAACUAUAAUAACUAUUCAAUCCGUUUCAAAAUAAGAGUCGUGUUUCUUAUACUAAAACAGUACAAUAAACAGGACUCUAAUUUCGGACUAAGUGUUACUAGCAUGUAUCAAUGUGAAGGUAAUGCCUUAUAUAUACUGAUGAAUAUGGCUGUUGGAAAUUGGGAUUUAUUUCCAUUUUCUUCCUUUCCAGUAGAGAUGGUAGUAGGAGGGUCUUUGUUUUAUUUGUUUGUUUUUGUUACUUUUGGGGGAAAAGAUUUCUCUAUGUACAUAAGAAACUCUAUAUGGUUUUGCAUUUGUGUAAAUCAUUUCAAUAUAUUAGUAUAUUAUCG